AUCCUUCAGUGGCUCAUUAAACUUUAAAUAACUGUGUAUGUUGUGUACACAGUCAUUCCUGCAAACACAGGCGGAUCACAUUUCCCUCUUCCCUGCAAGCAAAGCCUGAUAAUUUGGGUGAACAUGGCUAAAGAGGUCCACAUCAUGAAUGGAGAUGCUUUACAGGAAUCCAGCUACAUUGAAGAAAGCAGUACGAAGUGGGAUGCCAUCUCUUUGAUCUUUUCUCUCAAAGAAGAAGUUGGAGCUUUAGCAAAAGUUCUCCGCAUAUUUGAGGAAAAGGGGAUAAACCUGACCCACAUUGAGUCCAGACCUUCCCGACUGAACAAAGAUGAAUAUGAGUUUUUCAUCAACGUGGAAAGCAAGAACAUACCUGCUCUUGAGAAAAUAAUAAGGACUUUGAGAGAUGACAUUGGAGCAAACGUUCAUGAGCUCUCACGGGAAAAGAGGAAAGAUGCCGUACCAUGGUUCCCAAGAAGCAUUCAAGAACUGGACAGAUUUGCAAAUCAGAUUCUUAGUUAUGGAGCAGAACUGGAUGCUGACCACCCAGGAUUCAAAGAUCCUGUUUACCGGGCCAGAAGAAAGGAAUUUGCAGAUAUAGCAUACAACUACAGACAUGGUCAGCCUAUCCCCAGAGUGACUUACACGGAGGAAGAGAAAAGAACAUGGGGAACAGUUUUCAGGGAGCUGAAGACACUGUAUCCAACACAUGCUUGCUAUGAACACAAUCAUAUCUUCCCGCUCCUGGAAAAAUACUGUGGUUACCAAGAAGACAACAUUCCACAGCUGGAGGAUGUCUCCAACUUCUUGAAAAGCUGUACUGGAUUUCGCCUACGUCCAGUGGCUGGUCUUCUCUCCUCUCGGGAUUUUUUGGGUGGCUUGGCUUUCAGAGUGUUUCAUUCUACCCAGUACAUUCGUCAUUCAUCAAAACCAAUGUACACACCAGAACCUGAUGUUUGCCAUGAACUUCUAGGUCAUGUUCCUUUGUUUGCUGAUCCCAGUUUUGCUCAGUUUUCCCAAGAAAUUGGGUUGGCUUCCCUGGGAGCUCCAGAUGAAUACAUUGAGAAACUUGCUACGGUUUACUGGUUUACAGUUGAAUUUGGGCUGUGCAAAGAAGGCAAUGGCAUUAAGGCCUAUGGAGCUGGAUUGCUGUCAUCAUAUGGUGAAUUACAGCAUUGCUUGUCAAAUAAACCAGUGAUUGAACCUCUCAACCUAGAAAGGACAUCCAUUCAGAAAUAUCCAGUCACUGAAUUCCAGCCUAUUUACUAUGUUGCUGAAAGUUUUAAAGAUGCAAAGCAAAAGUUAAGGAAAUAUGCCUCCAUCAUUCCCCGUCCAUUCUCAGUCCGAUACAACCCAUAUACUCAAAGGAUUGAGGUUCUGGAUAACACCAAACAGCUGAAGAAUUUAGCAGAUGCUAUCAACAAUGAAAUGGGACUUCUUUGCAAUGCUCUCCAGAAGAUCAAAUGAAGAAAAUGAUCUCAAAGCCAAAAGGCCAACACUGAAACAAACACUAAACUUUUAAACAAUCAUCAUGCCAAUACUUAACACAAUGUAGAAAUGUAUCGGAUAUAUCAUUUGUUUACUGUAUGUAUAAUCUUACAAUAUUUGCCAAUGCAGGAAAAGUUUAGCAAACUCUUCCAUUAUUAUCUGUAACAAAAAUGCCAGGUUUAGUUGCUAGACAUUCGCACUCUGACAAUGCCCUAAUAUACAUGCCUACUUAGAAGUAUAUUCCAUUUGGACCAGUGGGAUUGCAGACUUGUAAACUAUCAUGUGUAAAUAACUGUGACCCUCCAGUUGUUCUUCAGCUGCAACUCCCAUAAGUUCUUGUUACUAUAGCCAAUGACAAGGGAUGACAGGAAUUGCAGUCAAACAAUAUUAAAGUGCAAUAUCCCCAACAACUGCAGAAUGGCUGUUCAAAGAGACUAUUGGAGAAAAACUAUGGGGCAGAGGAGGAGAAGCAUUGAUCCUUGCAUAUGGUAGAAUAGAAUGCCACUCUUUGUUGCACUCUAGACCAGGAAAGCCCUCUGACUUUAAACACCACACAGCUGAGUAGAAAUGCAAUCCAUUUAUUGAAUAUAGUUAAAAAGCAGUAGUAGUAAAAAACACUUUAAGAGAAUAGGUAAAUCCAAUUAGGUAGGAAGAUAAGCUGGAACAAAUAGUUCAGGAAAUUAGUCCAUCAAAGUCCAUGAAAACAAAGGCAGAAACUUCUAUAGUAAAAUCCAAAAAGUAGAAACAUGAAUCCAAGGCACUUAACACAUGAAUCUAAAAUCUAAGAACUGUAAACAUGAAUCAAAGGCACUUAACACAGGAAUGUUUCCAAAGCAAGGCUUCCAUGAAACAGAAACGAGGUCUUGACUUGAUUCCAAAUGAUGCUUCAUCUGACUACAGAUCCUGUACUUGGGUCUUUUAUUUCCUCAUUACGCUAUGUCCCAAGCAGCCAGAAAUAGGUUUUGUUUUAGUCUUGAAUCCCUUAUCAUUCUUUCUUUGAGCCUGGCAGAAUGUCUAAGAGACUGGUCUGCUUUCCUAUUCUGACUAAUAACAUCCUGUCUAUCUAUUUGCUCAUUAAUUUCUGCAGCUGGCCCAAUUGUUGAGUUAUUUUCAGGCUCUAAGCCAUGGGAAUUCUCUGGUAGCAAUUCAGGGAGCACACCACCAUCCCCACACCCUUCAGGAACAUUCUCAUAAGAAAAUACACUUUGAACUGGGAUCUCCUGGUCAUUCUCUGCAUCAAUCUCACUGGAAACACCAUUACCUUCAUGAACCUCAUUUUCAUCAUUCCCCAUAUCCAAAGUACCCUGAUCCUUAAACACAAUCACAGGCUGAAUUCCAACACCCUCUACAACAGGCAUGGGCAAACUUUGGACCUCCAGGUUUUGGACUUCAACUCCCACAAUUCCUAACAACCUACUGUUGAAGUCAAAAACACCUGGAGUUUGCCCAUGCUUGCUCUACAGUGACAAAAACAAGGCAUAGGAUACUGGUCAAUGUCACCUUCAGUGUUUCACUUCUGUGUUUUGCCACUAGUUUUCUCUAAGAAAUUCAUGUCAUUCUCACAAGCGGACAUUUGUCACAUAUGCGGGAGAUUUGAAAGCAUGUAAGACUUGGGGAGACAUUUUAACCUUUUAGAAAAUGCAAAAAAAAAAAAAAUCCCCACCUGUACAAAUGAUAGGAUAUGGUGUGACUAUCUGUGAAAGCCCAAAGGGCACAUCCACAACUGGAGGAAGACUAUACUCAAUUUUAGGGCCUGAGGUUCCUUACCUCUGAUUUAGAGAAUAAGAUAGCAGAUCCGUAAGAAUAAACCAGUCUUGAUACUUUUCCUCUCCAUCAGAUUUUGUAAAGUUAGUGGGUCACACAGUACAUAAAAAAAUAUUCACAAAUAUAUCAUAGUGCUCAGAAAAUCCAACCCUCCUGUACACUUACUUCAUAUGCUGCAGGAAGGCUCAGAGGGAACAAUGGAGUUAGAAGGGAAUGGGGAAUAAUAUUUUGUGUAUGUAGGUAUAUACUUCAAGCCAACUGUUGAAUUAUAGUAAUCCAGUGGAUUUCAAAGGCAAGGAAUACUCCGGUGGGUUUUGCCAGUUCCUUCCUCUGAAAUACAGUUUCUAGAACCUGGUAUUCAUGAUUUCCUUUCCAGAUACUAACUGGGCCUGACUCCGCUUAGCUUCCAAGACCAGACAGGAUCUGGUGCUUUUAGGGUAUUUAUUAGGCUAAUUGAAAGGAUGUCCUAAUUUAAUAUUAAUUGCUCCAAUCAAUUUUAUCAUCUUACUUGCUCUAUACAGCCUGGAUCUAAAGAAAUGCAUGUAUUUCUAUAUGUAAAAGAAAACUCUUAAACAUGUAUCUUAAAAUACAAUAUCAGAAAACUACAAAUCACUUUUGAUAUAUAAGGUAACUAGGAACUAUCAUUUCUGUUUAUGCACAAUCCAAGCACUUAUGGUAAUUUAUAUGAAGUGGUGUUUCUUCAAGAUGUGAUAGGAUUUGACAAAAAUCCUACCAUGAUACCAAAAUUUGAGAUGCACUGGUGACAUUAAAAAGUCACCAUAAAACCGUCUAGAUAUGUCAAAGAAAUCACUCUCAAUGGAAAUAUUUCACCAGAGAAAUAUAUGUCAGUAUAACUGGCAAAACAGGAAGAGAAUCAGUGUGAGGUGGUGAAGAGUAUAAAAGGAAGCAAAGCUAAAUAUUCUGAAAAAAUGUAGCUUCAUUUAUAUUUUUCAUAAAAACCAGGAUAAUCAAUCCCUGUAUUUUCUUUAAAGCAAAAUGAAAAAUAUGUAAUUAUUCCAUGUAAAUAAAAUUCAUUUAUUGUCCCAAUCA